UUCACACAUAAUUAUUUUACUCUUAUACUCCCAAAAACUCUCACACACAUCUCUAUCUCUCAAAAAAAAAAAAAGGAUAAUAAUAAAACUAUCACCCUUCUUUUUCUCUUAUUGUUGACGGCUCAAAAGGAAGCAAAAAAAAAUCAAGACACAAACUUAAUAUUAACACUAAUAAUAAUAAGGUUUUUAUAAGAUCAAGCAAGGGUUAAUUUAAGGUAGGACUAAGGGUUGUUUUGAACAAGGAUUAAGGGUUAUUUGGAGCAUCAUGGUCACAAAUUUUCUGCAUAUUUUCCAUCUUCAAAAGUGUUCUUCAAGGGUUUAGAGCAUUAGGUUCGUAGCUUGGACCGCCACUUGGAUUUGUGUUGCUUGUUAUUCGGUGGACUUGUAAUGCGGACAGUUUGUUUUUCAUUAUGGAUUAUGGUUAUGAAAGGAUAUGUCACAAAGAAGCGGGGCAUCAAGAUCUUCCGGACACGCAAGAGACAUUUAUGCGUUUGUAGACAUGGUCCGAGAAAGGCAAGAGAGGCAAGAAAGCGAGGAAACGGAGCCCACAAUGGACUCCCAACAGCCCUCACGACAAGAGGAGGAGUCCUAACCAAUGGAGGACCCGUCAAACGGUGAUGCUAGGAGCGUUGCCUCUAGCCAACGUGUUGCCUCUAGCCAACCCGUACGCCGCUCUCCCUCACCUCCACCAUCACCACCAGCUCCUAGGGCUCCUCCACCAAGACAAAAUGUGGCGAUGAAUGUAGGCGAUGGGCGAUUUCCAGCCCAUGACCCACACUUCCACCCGCGCCUCCCUCGCCAUCAUCCUUUUCACUUCGGCCCAAGACAUGGAGAAGACCUCCCACGUCCCAUUUUUGGGGUACCACCUCCACCUCCUAUGGGAAUGACACGGGAGGAAAGAGAUCGAGUGUGGGGCAUUGCCAAUGGCUUACGUGAUGCAAGGUUUCGGGUGAGAACACAAGAGGUGAUGAUGGAAAGGGCGUUGGGAAUAAUGCGCCAAACGGGAGAUGAAGCGGGGAUGGCUAUAGAUGGAAUAUGCCGAAUCAACGAAGUGAUCUUCAUGAUGGGAUGCAUUGUUUCAGCCCUUUGCUCCAUUGUUGUGGCUCUUGUGCUUAGGAAAUGACCCUAAGGAUGUUUUAUUCAUAAACUUAUUUGGUAGACCAAUGUUUGUACUUUGUUAUGAUUUAUUUGAACUUGUUUGUGGUUGUGUGACUAUGAUCACAUGUUUGUAGGCAUAUGGCAAUUUUGUAAACUGAUAUUGGAUUAUUGGAAUGGAAGCUUGAUGCCUUUUCACUAUUA